AGAGAGAAAGAGAGAUAGAGAGAUAGAGAGAUAGAUAGAGAGGGGCCGGGCAGAAGUGAGAGACAGUUUUAGUUUCAGCACUAGCGCGCACGGAAGACGGACCGGGUGUAAGUAAGCAGCCCCCUUUCCCCUGGCUCCACCAUCACAGACUCCUAAACAUGCCUUUCCCCUUCGGAAAAUCACAGAAGACUCCUGCCGAAAUCGUCAAGAGUUUAAAAGAGAACGUGGCUGGAUUGGAAAAACUUGAGCCAACGGAAACCAAGAAAUGUGAAAAGGUGACUGAAGAGAUGUCAAAGAGCCUGGCCUCCCUGAAGGAGGUCCUGUACGGCACCAGUGACAAGGAGCCGCAGACUGAGGCCGUGGCACAGCUGGCUCAGGAGCUGUACAACACCAACCUGCUGAUUGCACUGAUAGCCAACCUGCAGAGGAUAGACUUCGAGGGUAAGAAGGACGUGGUCCAGAUUUUCAGUAACAUCCUGCGCAGACAGAUUGGCACCCGGACCCCGACUGUGGAGUACAUCUCCUCCCACACACAGAUACUCUUCAUGCUGCUGAAGGGGUACGAGAGUCCGGAGGUGGCUCUGAACUGCGGGAUGAUGCUGCGGGAGUGUCUUCGUCACGAGCCGCUGGCCCGCACCAUUCUCUUCUCGGAGCAGAUGUACAACUUCUUCAGAUACGUGGAGCUGUCCACCUUUGACAUCGCCUCAGAUGCCUUUGCCUCCUUCAAGGACCUGCUGACCAGGCACAAGAUCAUGUGUGCGGACUUCUUGGAGACGAAUUAUGAUCGAGUGUUUACAGAGUAUGAGAAGCUGCUGCAUUCAGAAAAUUACGUGACCAAACGACAGUCUUUGAAGUUGCUGGGAGAGCUGCUGCUGGACCGACACAACUUCACAGUCAUGACCAAGUACAUCAGCCGGCCCGAGAACCUCAAGCUGAUGAUGAACAUGCUGAGAGACAACAGCCGCAACAUCCAGUUUGAGGCUUUCCACGUCUUCAAGGUGUUUGUUGCGAACCCCAACAAGACGCAGCCGGUGAUGGACAUCCUCCUGAAGAACCAGACCAAGCUGAUAGAGUUCCUCAGCAAGUUCCAGUCGGACCGUUCGGACGACGAGCAGUUCUGUGAUGAGAAGAACUACCUGAUCAAACAGAUCCGGGACCUGAAGAGACCCCCCGCGCCACAGGAGGGCUAGCCCUGAUCACCCCCGCCCCCUCCUCAACCUGCCCCCGUCCCUGAGGAAACAAGCACAUCCGGGCUCCGAAGAGACCCCCAGCACUGCAGGGGACCUGGCUCUGCUCAAUCUGCCCCUGCAAAAGUACAAUAACCCCUUGACCUGAGGAGACCACCAGGGCCACAGGAGGCCCCACUAACCCAGCCCCUGCAUCCGCUCCAAAGAAAACACACACGCACAGCCACCACCCUUGAGCACUGUAUCGCUGUCUUCAACUGCAGGCUCGAGAGAAAAUCCUUCGAUUAACCGUAACCUGGAGCAUAAUAGGGUGCCUGGGCUUAAAAAUAAUAAUAAUAAUGAAACACAGCUGCUGGGGCGGUGUGUGCAUGCUGUUUGUGCAGCAGGUGAUUUGAAUUGUAGUAUUCUAUAUUUUUAUAGGAAGCUUAUCUGUGUUACAUACAGUGCUGUCUGCUGGGCUUUAGUCUCAAUAAGGGAUGGUAAUUUUACGUAACAGACGGGCAACUGGUCCCCAAGGGUUAUUCCAGUCCAGGUUAUAGAGGUGUCAUUAUUUACUGAAAUUAGGCAUUUGAUCCUGAUCCACAUGUUGGUAUUUCUGUCCUUCAGUGCACAUGAUUGAUUACCAAAGACUCUUGGAAACCGGUCAGGCUGUUUUAUGAUUCUGCGUGCACUAGGAAGCAGUGGACCCUGUUGGAACAGCAACCUGGACUGGAAUAGCCCCUCUUUGCCCACCCUGGGAGGAAGGGAGAUGGUCAGAGGGAGAGUAGGUGGGUUCCUGCUGAUAAGAAGUUAAUUUGUUACUGUUUUAACAAGUUAUAAAUAUUAUUUGCAUUGCUGGCCAGCACACUGUCUUGCACACUUUAGUAAUAUGCCUUAUAGCCUCCUAUCACAGUCCACUGUACAGCUGCAGAAUCCCUCCCUCCCAUCCAAAACAAAGUGGUCCCAACAAAGAAACGUGUGCACUAGGUGAACUGUGAUUAGAUACUUCUUGUGCCGUGCUGGUACUGACAGGAAGAAGCACAGGUACUGGGAAGCUGUGAAUUGCUUCCCCACUGCAGCACUAAACAGUGCAGCUCGGUUCCUGCUUGCAAGCUAGCAGGGAUUUGUAGAACUGUAGAAAAAGGGUCUGUGUGUGAAUGUGAAAUACAAUAACAACCUUACCAACUCUAAAAAACACAGAUCCGGAACUGGAAUCCAUUAGCAGUGUAGGGCAUGAUGGUAAAUACAAAAGCUACUGUGUAGAAAAAGCAUUUAAAGCAGCACACAAAAUGCACUUUGUCAGCAUGCUAUAAAAUAUAAAUGUGUGCAUGCUUAGAGAAGGAUAAGCACCAGCCCAGGCGCCAGUGCUAGUAGACACACACAGCAUUACUGCUUGGCAGGGUGCGAUCUCAUAUUGGGUUCAUCAGCCCUGCCUUAGUGGGGUGGGUUGACUGCGAUGUACGGCACUUUCGGCUCCUUUAAGCUGUUUCCAAUGUGAAUAAUGAAUUCAGCAUGAAUGCACUUGGGGGCUAGGGAUUAGAAUGAAACUCAAUGACCUGAACUGCUUCACUUAGCUGCUGCUGCUGUAUGCUGCUGAACCAGGAAAAAAACUUUGCCAUGGUGUGGGAGAGGCUGCAGACCUGCAGCAUGAUGAUACUGCACUUUGUUACGCUUGAGUGUAAAUCUGCGCUUUUCAUUUUGGGCGUUAGAAGACUGGUAAUGUAAUCACAGCAAGAGGAAUGCUGACCACCAGUGAUUUUGAAAUUCCUGUUAAUUAACCUUUCCUUUCGUGAUUGUUAAUAUGAAUCUAGUAUUUCAUGCAGAAGUGUGCAAACCCAGAUUGUAUUUGUUUUUUUGUUUUUUUGGGAGGGGGGCAAGGUCUUUUGUAACAUUUCAAAACGUUCCUGGUUUGAAGUAAUGCUGCAUGGACAGAAUGAAGUGGAACAGUUGUGUGAGAGUGACCUGCGUGAUGGCUGUAUCCACACUCACACACACAUUGAUGCACAAACACUUUCAACACUGUAUAUAGAAGCAUUAGAUGCACAAAAACAACACCCAGCAUGAAGCAAUGAUUUGUUAAUGUUUCAAGAUUUUAAAAACAUCAUUAACUCCAGCCUCCAGUGCCACAGCCUUAUGGGGAGCACUGCUCUUGGACAGCCUGCAGGAACACUCGACAUGUCCAUUGAAAGGGCUGCUAACAGAAACAAAAACAAACAUUGAAUGGCUGAAACGUGCUCCAAUAUUAAAAUGUAAAGUGAUCCAAUCUGGAAAGUAGCUGCGUUGCAUUACGGUGGUCUUGCUGUGCAGGUAGGGUCUUGAGCAAGGCUAAGCUAGUAGAGCAGUGUGUGGAGGUAAUGGGACUGAUCGGGACUGCAUUUCUGUUAUGGUUGGCACUUGAUGUUCGUGCUCUGCAAAGGAUACCUUGAUCCCUGGCAUGUCCAUGAACAUGCUCAGUACAGUGUAUGGCAUAACUGUGGUUCACAAUCACAGGAGUCCAGCUUUUUGUUUUAAGCAGCUUUUAAACCAGUCCUGUCGGAGCCAAAUGGAAACAGGCUGACAAUUGAGCCUUUCGAGUUUUACUGCGUGUUUACUCAGUCAUAACUUUUAUUAUUUAAACAGAUUAUUAAUAUUUAGACAGUCAUGGUGCAUCUUAUAUCGAUGAUAUGUAUAACUCAGUAGUAAAUGCUGCUGUAACAGAUUCAUAUCAACCAAAAGAUGGACACACUGAUGUAUGUAUGCGUAUAUGUGUGUGUGUGUGGAAGUAAACCCAAUUCAAAUAUAUAUGGCUGGUUUCACAGAACCUGAUUAGCACUAAUCAUGGAUUACCUUGCCUAACAUUAGGAAGUUUAAGAUUGAUGUGAAAUUGAUUUUAAGAUUGAUGUCAUGUAUGUAUAAAUGGGGGAGGGGUGUUUGUAGUACUAAUUCUCUUGCUUUUUACCUUUUCUAAAAUAAUAAUAAUCAACUACAGUUCUGCAAACUGCUACCUUUGUUUCUGCCGUUGUUGAUGGCUUUCCCGUUUCCAAACAUUGCCUGUUGGGGAGCUAAUGACUUGUACAUAAUGUUUAUUUUAUGUGGUGAUACAAUGGUGUUGGAAGUAUAUUUAAGAAAAUAAAGGUCCUUUC